AUGUCAGGAUUUACUGGACCAACACUGCUGCCUGUGCCUGUGAAGGAGAUAAAAGAAGAAGAGUUUGAUGAUUUCCUUCAAGAGUAUCUGUCUACAGUUCAGAAGGAAAACCCUGGACCGGAUCUUGUGUGCAAGACUGAAACAAACAUGUCAGACAUCAUGGACAUUAAAGAGGAGGAAGAGGCUGAUGUAAGAGAGCAUGGUCAGACAGACUCUUCUCCUACUGCAAAUCAUCAAGAAAUCAACACAGAUAAGAUGAGAUGUGCUGGGGAGAUGGAAGGUCAUCAUAGUAAACAUGGAAAGAGCUUUCAUAAGAGGAAUCACCUGAAGUCACACCAGACCAUCCACACAGGAGAACAGCCGUAUCAGUGCACUACAUGUGGGAAGAGUUUCAAGACAAAGGCGAAGGUCACCAUCCAUCAGCGCACACAUACUGGAGAAAAGCCAUAUCAGUGCACUGACUGUGGAAACACUUUUAGUCGUAGAUCUAGCCUCAAGACACACCAGAGGAUCCAUACUGGUGAAAAGCCAUAUCAGUGCACUACCUGUGGGAAGAGAUUCAGGGAGAGCAGUUCUCUUACUAAACAUAAGCGCACACAUACAGGAGAAAAGCCAUAUCAGUGCACUACAUGUGGGAAAAGUUUCAGGACUAAGAUAGAGGUCACCUUUCAUCAGCCCACACAUACAGGAGAAAAACCAUAUCAGUGCACUGACUGUGGGAAGGGUUUUAGUCAAAUGAGCAAUCUCAAGAAACACCAGAGUAUCCACACAGGAGAAAAGCCAUAUCAGUGCACUACAUGUGGGAAGAGUUUCAGGACUAAGAUAGAGGUCACCAUACAUCAGCACACACAUACAGGAGAAAAGCCAUAUCAGUGCACUACAUGUGGGAAGAGUUUCAAGACUAAGAGAGAGGUCACCAUCCAUCAGCGCACACAUACUGGAGAAAAGCCAUAUCAGUGCACUGACUGUGGAAAGGUUUUUAGUCAAACAUCUAGCCUGAAGGCACACCAGACCAUCCACACAGAAGAAAAGCCAUAUCAGUGCACUACAUGUGGGAAGAGUUUCAAGACAAAGGUGAAGGUCACCAUCCAUCAGCGCACACAUACUGGAGAAAAGCCAUAUCAGUGCACUGACUGUGGAAACACUUUUAGUCGUAUAUCUAACCUCAAGACACACCAGAGGAUCCAUACUGGAGAAAAACCAUAUCAGUGCACUGACUGUGGGAAGGGUUUUAGUCAAAUGAGCAGUCUCAAGGCACACCAGAGUAUCCACACUGGAGAAAAGCCAUAUCAGUGCACUACAUGUGGGAAAAGUUUCAGGACUAAGAUAGAGGUCACCUUCCAUCAGCACACACAUACAGGAGAAAAGCCAUAUCAGUGCACCGACUGUGGAAAGGGUUUUAGUCAAAUGAGCCAUCUCAAGAGACACCAGAGUAUCCAUACAGGAAAAAAGCCAUAUCAGUGCACUGACUGUGGAAAGGCUUUUACUUUAAUGAGCAGUCUCAAGAGUCACCAGAGUAUCCAUACAGGGAAAAAGCCAUAUCAGUGCAAAACAUGUGGGAAAAGUUUCAGGACUAAGACAGAGGUCACUGUCCAUCAGCGCACACAU